AUCCAGUCGAGAGUGAAAAAAAAAUAGGUUGCAUAUGUUGGGUUUAGCUCGGAUGACGUGCUCGGGGGUCGGCAUGGCCUGCUCACCAAUGACAAGCCAUUGCUUGUGCGACGAACCGUUCUUGCCACUUGUGAUCGUGCUUCACGACGACCGUGUUUGGUCUUUUGCCAGACGGCAUGGGAACACUCGCUACGGCAGUGAGUGCGAUGGAGAGUUUGAUGUCAAUCGGCAGACAAGAAGGGAAAGGGACUGACAAAUUUCAAAAUUGAAGUGUAUAACCAUUCAAUCCCAGGUCCGUCCUUUCUUCAACAGCCACACAGUAGGGAUGAAACUGGGUCUCCGGCUUUCGGACCCCCGCGUUGCGCAGUGGGCAAGCCCCCCUGGGGCUGUUGCCCAGAACCCCCUUCCCCACCCCGGUUGGAGACCGAUAGUAUAG